UGCCUUGGCUAUAUCUCCGCCUCCGUGUUGCCCCGCCCUUCUCCAACCGCGUGUCAGUGGUCGGGACUGGGUGCUUGUUGUGGAGCGGGAUUGUUGCUCAAUUGGGAGAUCUGAUAUUGUCCUCAGCUGAAUACUGUCUAUAAACUUCCUUACUAAUCAGAAGAGGCGUGGUGAGAGACCAUCGUCCCGUGGUGAUGGCGUUUUCUGUCGUCCUGCGUCACACCACGCUCCUGCAGGUCCUGCUGGUUGCAGCCAUGUCUGAUGAGAGGAACGUCAAUCACAUCAACUUCUACAACAUCGUGCCUCCCGCAGACGUGACCCCUUUCCCCAAAAGCUUCAAGUGCUACACCUGCGAGCAUGCCGUGGACAACUACAGCUGCAACCGCUGGGCGGAGGACAAGUGGUGUCCAGAGAAUACACAGUUCUGCAUGACUGUGCAUCACUUUACCGGCCACGGGAAGACCAAGUCUGUGACCAAGAGGUGUGUGAGCAGAGCGGACUGUUACUCUGUGGGCUGCCAGCACCACAGAGACGCCGAGCACAUGGAGUGCAUAUCCUGCUGCGAAGGCAUGGCCUGCAAUGUGGAGGUCCCGACCAAUCACAGCACAGCAGUGUUCUCCAUGAGACACACCCCCAACGACUCUGCGUCGUCCGAUUGGGCCUGGAGGGUUCCGAUGCUGCUUGCCACGGUGUUCACGGUGACGGUGGUGUUGUGAUGCCAGUCACGGACCUGUAGAGUCGCUGUCACACGGACUGUGGAACUAACCGACUCUUUGCAACUGCUCUGUGGAUGGGUGGAAGAGCUUGGUGCGGACGCUGUCAAACAGGCCAGGCCUGAAGCCUCAUUACGAGAUGACAAACGGAGACCCGUGUCCAAACAGAAUUGCUUUUUUGACUUACAGGGGGUCAAAAAAUCGCACGCGUUUGUCUGACCUCAGGGUGCUCAUACAGCAAGAAUGGUUAAUCCGUUUGUAACUCGAGGACAUGCUGUGUUUGAGGCAAAAGGGCCUCAGCGAUUGACCCCAGGUAUUGCACGUGGCCCUGCGCCGUCAUUCGUAACACACAGGAUCUGACAGGGGUAUUCAGGAGCACCUAGGGCUGGACUCAAUUAAAUGUUAACAUUCAUGGUUUUCCAUAUGUCAAUCAGUCAGCCUGAACACUGAAGAUCCAUAGUCAAACAGUACAGAGGCCACAGAUAGGACAUUAUGGCAUCUGUUAAGGACUUGAUACAGGUCUGUGACUGUGGUUCUGCGAUGGAGAUAUUGGAUUAUGGAGCACUACUGGUUUGCAAAUCAAAUGUGAAUAUUCACUAACUUAUUAAAUAAAUGGUCAUUAAUG